ACGAGGCGGCUGUUGACCACAAUGGACGCCAAUAUCAUCGACAUCGAGGGUGUGUACGACAAGAAACUCGUCGACUUGUCUGAGCUCAAGAAGUGCGACAUCUGUUUGGGUCUCGAGUUUUGCCACACUUUGGUCACCAAUCUGUUGGUCACGACGUCGCCCGCGGUUUCCAAACAUGUCUCGUUGAGAAUCGCUGUCACGAAGACUACUAACGAAAAGCUAACUCUAAUGAGUCGACCACCGGAUAAGUGGACACAAUUGGAGACAAUUAUCUGCAGGAAUGGCUCACAGCCGCCACCGCCCGCUUGCGACCAACCACUGGCCGCUCGCAACUCAUUUAUGGCCAAAUCGGACCUCUUUGUGAUCGACAACUAUCGCCAUAUGUUUCGACAGAUCAUUGGCGGCGGCUAUACGUACGGCCGACCCCCGGAUGACUACUUCUUACAGGCCUUGUUUUCCCAGUGCGCGACUGAGAAGUAUUUGCAAUUAUUGCGGACCAGUUUUGACGCCAAUGAUGACAAGCGUCUGGAUCUGUCCGAACAAAGCCAUCUGUUGAGCGCUUUGCUCGCGUUUCCCGGUUAUGCCGUUCACCGGCUCAUCGACAAGACUGAGGCCGACCUACAGGUCCUCAAAAUCAGAGGUAUUCCUUGUAAUGGUUAUGCCGUAAGAGUCUCAUAA